UUGUUUUGAAGAAUGAAAUAGUAUUAGCGUAAAAGAGCUGUAGUUGGGCCAGAGUUGAAUUGUCAACAAUCGUUGAAUUCUCCGUCGAGUUCUUGUGAUUAACAGCCAAUUACUACUAUAAUUGUUUGGCUCUAUUAUUGGUUUCAUCAAUUUUAUGCCUAAUCUACAUCCCCAUAACCCAAAAUUCUCAUGCUCAAUUUCUAGAAAGAGAAAGAGAGAGAAGCAGAGCACUGAAUCUGUUAAGACUGUGGGAGUCUUCAACGACUGUUUGUGAUGGGAGAUGAAAAAUCUCUCAGCGUGAUGGGCGCCGGCAGAGACAGAGAUCGUGAGCUUCUAAUUCCAGUACCUGAUUCUGUUGACCGCCACCUCGAUGACGACGGCCCCUCCUCCGCCUCCGCUUCCUCCUCCCACCAUCAUCCUGGCCGUGAGACGUUUUACAAAGUUGUGAGGAGCUGGGCUUCGAAGAAGUUCAUGACUGGAUGUGUUAUCCUUCUACCAAUAGCUAUUACUUUCUAUGUAACAUGGUGGUUCAUUCAUUUCGUGGAUGGAUUUUUCUCUCCUAUUUAUGCUCAACUUGGAAUUGAUAUAUUUGGUUUGGGAUUUGUGACCUCCAUUACUUUUAUUUUCUUGGUUGGAGUAUUUAUGUCAUCAUGGUUGGGGGCUUCUGUUUUGAGCCUUGGAGAGUGGUUUAUUAAGCGCAUGCCCUUCAUUCGUCAUAUUUACAAUGCCUCGAAGCAAAUUAGUGCUGCCAUAUCUCCAGAUCAGAACACACGGGCUUUCAAAGAAGUGGCUAUAAUAAGGCAUCCACGUAUUGGUGAAUAUGCAUUUGGGUUCAUCACUUCAUCUCUCACACUCCAGAGUUAUUCAGGAGAUGAAGAGCUUUGCUGUGUGUAUGUCCCAACGAACCAUCUUUACAUUGGAGAUAUAUUCCUGGUCAAUGCUAAAGAUAUUAUUAGACCGAAUUUGUCUGUAAGAGAAGGAAUUGAAAUCGUGGUAUCUGGUGGCAUGUCGAUGCCCCAAAUGCUAUCUACCUUGGAUCUGAGAACCACGCAACUCGAUAGAAUCAGACCGGUAUAGAUCAUAGAAGCUGGGAGACUUUCAAUUCAUCAGUAAUAUGACAGGUUGCGCAUGCCUUCGCCAUAUCUGACAUUCCCAAAUUUCACUACUUGUGUGGUAAUGAUGGCAUCUAACAUGGAUUCCAAAUUUUCAUUUUUGUCUUAUAAUUGUUAGAAUACUAUCUUCUUCUGCAGCAUAACUAUUGUAGUUUACUAGGUAGGAAGUUGGUUUUCUAAUUUAUGGCAGCUUAUGUUUCUCUUACAGUAAUUUUAUUGAGUUUACAAGUUAGUAUUUGCCCCUUUACUGGGCUUAAUUUA